UUUCAUCUAUUCUGUGUUCGUACUCCGCAUUCGACUGCAUACGCACUAACACGCUCUAACGCACGUCGCACACCGCCAGACGCCAGUUUCCGCUUUCCGGUCGUGCCACAUUAUAUAUUCGUAUAAUUCGUAUCAGGCAUCAGCUAUCGACUAUCAGACAUUAGGAUUAAAUAUUAGAUAUUACUAACCAAUAUUUUGUUUUUUGUUGAACUGCAAUUUGCAUCGUAUUUUGCUUUUCGGCCGUAGCACUUAAGGAUAAGGUCAAUCCCUUUUGCUCAAAACUUUUGUUUUAAAUAAUUUGAAACAAAAAUUAAAAUGUCGCUGUUUAGCGUAUUGCCUGCACCAAAACAAUUUCUUCAGGAUUUGGAAGAUGAAGAACCUGAUGAAAUAGUGACUGAAUCUAACAGUUAUGAAGUCUACGCAGUGAAAAUCCCACCUUAUGGCAAACGUAUCGGAUGGAUUCCGCGAAAUAUUGAGGAUUUUGGAGAUGGUGGAGCAUAUCCAGAAAUCCAGGUGGCACAGUAUCCAUUAAACAUAGGAAAAGAAAAUAAAGACUCGGUUUCAAAUGCUCUAGCACUUCAGUUGACUUCUGAUGGCAAAGUCAAAUAUGAUGUGAUUGCCCGCCAAGGCCAUAGAAAAGAUAAGGUUAUAUACUCAAAAUUAUCAGAUAUGCUACCGUCCGAAGUUGUAAAUGAAGAUGAUCCAUCAUUGCAAAAACCAGAUUCAGAUGAAGUUGCUGAUAUAACAGAGAAAACUAGAGCUGCACUUGAAAAACUUACCAACUCAAAAGUAUCAGCUGCAUUACCUGUUAGGGCUGCAGAUAAACCUGCUCCAGUUCAAUGGUUUCGUUAUACACCAACUGAACAAGGUAAGGACUACAAUUCAGGAUCCAAACAACGUGUUAUAAGAUUAGUUGAAGCACAAAAAGAUCCAAUGGAACCUCCGAAAUUUCAAAUAAAUAAAAAAAUACCUCGUGGACCUCCAUCUCCUCCUGCACCAUUAAUGCAUUCCCCUACAAGAAAAACAUCAGUAAAAGAACAAAAAGAAUGGAAAAUCCCACCUUGUAUAUCAAACUGGAAAAAUUCAAAAGGAUAUACAAUACCUCUUGAUAAACGUUUAGCAGCUGAUGGACGUGGUCUUCAACAAAACCACAUAAAUGAGAAAUUUGCAAAAUUAGCUGAAUCGCUUUAUAUAGCAGAUCGUAAAGCUAGGGAAGCUGUUGAAAUGAGAGCACAGUUGGAAAAGAAAAUGGCUCAAAAAGAGAAAGAAAAGAAGGAAGAACAUCUUAGGGCUUUGGCUCAAAAAGCUAGGGAAGAGAGAGCUGGUAUUCGGCUUCCGGGUGCAAAGAAUGAUGAAUCACGUGAACGAGACCAGUUACGUUUAGAGCGGCAAAAGGACAGAGCUCGUGAUCGUAACCUUGCAAGAAAUGCAGAUAGCCGAAAGAAUAAAGUGUUACGUGAUCGCGACAUUAGUGAACAAAUUGCUCUUGGAUUACCAGCAAUCACUAGGAAAACUGGCGAAACUCAAUAUGAUCAAAGAUUACUUAACACAACAUCUGGAAUGGACACUGGCUUUGGAGAUGAUGAAGAAUAUAAUGUUUAUGAUAAACCAUGGCGUGGAGGUGCCUCUUUGGCUCAACAUAUUUACCGUCCAUCUGCUAGUAUUGACAAAGAAGCUUAUGGAGGAGAUCUUGAUAAGAUAGUUAAGACAAACCGAUUCGUUCCAAAUAAAGAAUUUAGUGGAACUGAUCGUGAUCCAAAAGCUAGCGGUCGAUCUGGCCCAGUUCAAUUUGAAAAACAUCAACAAGAAGAAGAUCCAUUUGGUUUGGAUCAGUUCUUGACACAAGCCAAGCAUGCAUCUAAAAGAGCUCAACCGCAACAGCCAGAUCGUGAGAAACGUCGUAGAAAAGAUUAAAUUGACAAUUACUAAUAAGUUACAUAAUAAUAUUAACAAUUAUUAAAACUAAAAUUAAAAUUAUACAUGAAGAUUAUUUGUAACUUAUUAAAUAUGAAUAGAAAAGUAAAAUAAUUGUUUUAUGUUAUAUUUUUCAUAAAAUAUUCCUAAAAAAUUGCUUAAAUAUUUACAUAAUUUUUUUUAUUAAAAGAAAGAAAUAAACAUUUUAAAUAGU